AGCGAGCGCUGUUGAUAGUAUGUGGCGAACAGAUAAGGUGAGAGAGAGAAGAAGGGGGAGAGAGAGAGAGAGAGAGAGAAAUAGAGAGAGAAAAAUAAAGAGGCGACAAAGGUGGCUUUCUUGGUCCUCUCCUCCUGCUCUUCUCCAUAGUCUCUGGGAUCUCUCCGCUGUUCCACACGUUCGCCAGUAAGUGGGAUACAUUUCAUACGUGCGUGCGUGCGUGCGUGUCGCUCGUGGAUCCGAAACUAUCGGUGGAUCGUGACGUGACGACGACACUCGUUUCUCAUCGGCCACAUUGCCGUUCGCGGUGAAGUAGUACUCCCGUUGCACGUCCAUAUGCUGUACGCGACGGGAUGGUCCUCGCGCGGUUCUUCCUCAAGAAACCAGCGACGCAGAACGACGACGCUGCCGUCGGCGACACCUCCGCCGUCGCCGUCGCGGUAGUACCUGGCGAUGUAGCCAGCGCUGCUACGAAGAGCAUGCUAUGCAUCCAAGAGGAGCUGGCUCAGCUGAGUGAAAUCGCGGGAAGCCCUGAACGGCUAAUCACCGAACUGCGUGAGGUUCAAUUGCCCAAUAGUAAUCACCUCAAUUUCGCGAGUAACUCCAGCGACGCCGCGACAAAAUGUGCUCCCGAAACGGAAAGCAUCGAUUCUCAACGAUCGAGUUGGGUCGAAGGCAUCCUGGGAUGCAUGCGUCCCGUUUGGACCAUGCUAUCGAAGGCUGCUAUUAAUGAAAAAAUCAAGGGUCUUUCAACAGACGAUUGGGAGAUAGCUUUCGAAACAAUCAGCGAGCUGCAAUGGCUCGGAUCUGGGGCUCAAGGUGCAGUAUUUAGUGGUAAAUUAAAUAAGGAAAUAGUAGCUGUUAAAAAAGUAAAGGAACCGAAAGAGACUGACAUACGCCAUUUGCGGAAACUCAAUCACCCGAAUAUUGUACACUUCAAAGGAGUGUGUACAAAACCUCCUUGCUAUUGCAUAAUAAUGGAGUUUUGUCCAUUUGGACCAUUAUAUGACCUUCUAAGAGCUGGAGAACCGGUUCCUCCUGCUAGAUUGGUGUCAUGGUCAAAACAAAUUGCUGCAGGGAUGGCGUACCUUCAUGCUCAUAAAAUUAUACACAGAGAUCUCAAAAGUCCAAAUGUUCUAAUAGGACAAGGGGAAAUAGUGAAGAUCAGUGAUUUCGGUACGAGUAGACAGUGGAAUGAGAUUAGCACAAAAAUGACUUUUGCUGGUACGGUGGCGUGGAUGGCGCCGGAGGUAAUCAGGAAUGAGCCAUGCUCAGAAAAAGUAGACAUAUGGUCGUACGGCGUCGUACUAUGGGAAUUACUGAGCGGCGAAAUACCUUACAAAGACGUGGAUUCCUCCGCUGUUAUGUGGGGAGUAGGCAGCAAUUCUCUUCAUUUACCAAUUCCCACCAGUUGUCCGGAGGGAUAUGGGUUACUGGUUAAACAGUGUUGGUCGGCCAAACCACGUAACAGGCCUUCCUUUAAACUUAUUGAGAUGCACCUCGCUAUCGCAGCUGUUGAUGUACUUUCUACGGAGCCCGAAGAUUAUUUUAAGGCACAGCAAUCUUGGAAGAAGGAAAUACAGGAGCACAUGCAACACAUGCCACUAUUUACUAAUACCGAUCCACGUUUUGAGGCUGAGCUAAUCCGACGAAGAAAGGAUGAAUUACGACACGCUCAGGAUGUCAGGGAACAUUAUGAGCGCAAACUCGAACGCACUAACAACUUAUACUUGGAAUUGAACGCUAUUCUACUGCAAUUAGAAUUACGCGAGCGAGAUGUGAUAAAACGAAGCAGUAUCACUUUGCAUAACCGCUUUGCGCUUACGAGACAGAUAGCACAAGACUGCAACCAAAGUCGCACAUUUGGAAAUAAAUGUCUGGUUUGUCUCAGGAGAGAACAACAAUCAACAGGAUACAAGCAGUACAAGAAACGUCUUGUCCGUCCUUUAUUGAAGGCCCAGGAGAGACUGUAUCGCAGACGGAGUGGCACAGUACAAUUCUCUACUUCUUCGACGCCUACUACUCCUCCUUCGCCUACGGAUUCACCACAGAGCCCCGUUAAAGCUACCAUGUACACACAACUGAAUGAAUCCAAUCAGCCGGAAACUGUUUUAGCAUCAAACAAUAGCUUCAAACAACGUAAAUACAGGCAUCGUAGAGUCGGUUCGGGUUGUGGUGUGAGUUCCAGUCCUAGAUCGAGUCCUCAUCGUGAGAGAAAGAUAAUUUCAAUUUUUGCUAUUUGUCAAAUCUUGACGGAAUGUUUAAAUGGGAAUUCAAUUUUGCCGGAAACGCACUAUCCGAUGCAAACUAGUUCAUGCUCUAGUCCUGAGCACUUAAAUGAAAAUAAUGCUAAUGGAAACGAACGUUUGAAGGAUUGUAGCGACGACGACAAUCUUGAAACUCUCGGCAGAAAAGUCAGCGAAAUUAUUAAUGCGAAUCGUCUUAUCAUUGACAAUGGAAAUGGCGAUGAUGUCAUAAUCUCCCACAGUAGGAAUAAAGAAGAUUCGGGCAAAUUAUCGGGGCACUAUGUAGAACAAUCCGAUAUUAAAAUACGAGCCUCUUCAGAUAAUACGGAUGAUCGCGAAGAUGAUGCUUGUGAAGAAAGCUGGUCAGAUGAAGAGGGAGAAGAUCCAAGCUAUACUUAUAAUUAUUCCUUAAGACGAAGAAGUAUCGCAAGGAGGCCAAUCGGUCCUGGAUGCAGAUUACGAAGGUCAAAACUAAUAACACCCGGGAGAAUACAGGGGGCAUUAGCUUCUGAUGAGGAAAAUACUUCCGAAUAUUCGCAUCCUCCGUCCAGUCAGACUUCCACCUUAGAAAGUAAUCCGGAUGUUCAAAGAGUUCUUCGUAAUAUACAUCAUUCCCAAAAAAGAAAGGAAAUAGACGACGUUUCUGACACAUCGAGUCAAUCGGAAACGGAUGAAGUCAGUGAAGUUACAAUUGCAUCUCAACCGGCGAAUGGAUCUAUGAAGAUGGAAAGCCGAAUAUAGAUUAGUUAUUAGUAUAAUUUUUAUAUCUGAUUUAUGAUCGGUUUAUAAAUUAGAGUUACUGCCUGAGUGAAAUUCAGUAAUCACAUCAUUUUUCAUUCUGUAACUUAUGUUGCAUAUUGUAGAUAUCUAUUCAUAUAUGUACACACACACACCUAUAUACUGACAUACACAC